AUGGUUUCACAAAUUGUUUCAAGAUGGCGAACUAUGCAGAGUCCGGAGGAUUUUGGAAUGCACCAAAGGUGCAGUACAGUCAGCAGACACAUAAUCUGUUGAAAGAAAUGAUGCAAGAGUCCAAACUUACAAAUUUCCAGCAGAGACAUCUAGAAAAGCAGCUAAGAGGUGGGGGAAGUUUGCCAACCCAGUGCAAUCCUACAACUAGUGCCAAAAAGAAACAACCAGCAGCUCCUGCAAAACCUCCAAAAUACCUGACACCUAAGAACUACAACAGUAAGGUGAGGACGAAAGAUACUAUAGAAGCCUCGGGAGCAUAUGAAAGACCACAGUAUGAACCUGGCCCGUCACAUUGGUAUAGAAAUUCAGGGAAAGAAAAACAGAAACUGGCAAACAUCAUGGCAUUUGGUCAGGACAUUGAUCCAAAUGAAGAAAGACUGAAACGGCGGGCUCAACCAGUAGAAUAUGAAGAGGAAUCUGAACCCGACAGAUUUGAUGAACUACAACAAGAAAUAGAUGAAAGACGGGAGUUUUUACGACAAAUGGAAGCAGUAGGACAAGGAGAUAAACACAGACCACUCAUAGAAACUCAAAUAUCUCAGCUUAUCAGAGAAAUGGAAGUGAUAGACAAAAAGAGGACAAAGGAGCUGGAACAGUUGAUAGCUAGAGAGGAAGCAAAGAAAAUGAACAAAUAACAGACUGUCAGUGAUAGCUUGAUACAGUAUUAGACAAAAAUCAUAGUGUCCACUUGGGAAUUGAACAAAACCCUUCCCAGACAAAACCCUUCCUGCCAAUAUUUCACAUAAUGGACCAAACCUCUCCUACACAUUUAAGAAAAUAAAGACAAUUUAGCAAAGAAUUCAUAAAAAAUAUUGUAUAUUUCAGCAUCAACGACUAUUUUUUAACUCCUGAAUUUAGUUAAAUUGUCCUUGAAAAUAUUUUGAAAUAAGAAACUGUGGAAAAUUCAUGGGAGUGGCUUUGUGCUUGAAGGGUUUUGUCCUGCAUAUGAAGUGUGAACAAUUACAGAAACAGAUCUGUGUGAACAAUUACAGAAACAGAUCUUGUUUUUUUUACACUCAAGAUCUGUGUAACGUAAUUUUUUUUUGAAAAACUAACUUACUAGGCUUGUUGAUUUAGAAAACCACAGUUUUUGAAACUGGGACAAAUAAUUACCCAGUGUUCGAAAUUCGCGGUAGUCCAAUAGCCCGAGGCUACCAAAUUUCAGCUCAGGCUACCAAUUUUUCGCAGAUACAACCCCGACCAGGCUACCGAAUUUUCCUAAUUUGAUUAAAAUUCUUGCUAAAUAAACGAGUAUAGCAUCGUAAUUUCAUACGAUCUCCAUUAAUAAACGCUAAGAAGGCAUCACGCAUCCUCCAGACUGAGGAACGCUUAUUGAAUUAUUGUUCUUUUUUGCACUCUCGUGUUGACAAUCAAAAGCAAAGUGUCAAAGACAUAACUGCAACGCUAAUUGGCUGAAUACAAUUACCUCUAGUGUAACGGAUAAUUUGAUUAGCUUUCACACUUCUUGCGAAAGUCUCGCAAGUACCUGAAGUAGGCGGAGUUUAAAUUAUGCUAUCAGCUUUUGUGUGUGUAUUCAGCACUCAUUUUGACAUCUUCCAAAUUGUCCGUCAGAGUAACAGUAAUUGGUGAGUGCGGAUCCUAAAAAAAUCGGGCGUUUGAGUUUAGAUUUCAUUUGGCAAGGAGUGUCAUGUCCGGUGCUUUUGGACUCUGGCGAUGCUGAUCUGGACUGGAGUAUUUAGAGUUAAAUUUUUUCCAAAACAUAGCAGACAUGUAUGUCUUUUUUAUUCCUUCAAACAUGCAUAGGAAUGUCUGUAAAACAAAAUGUCAUAUGAUGCAAAACUUAAGUAUCUUAAGGUGUUAAAGUUCGGGCUAGUGAAAUUGGUGUCGGGCUUGGAAAAUUCCCUAUCUGGUAGCCCGAACAGGCUAGUGGAUUCAGAUCUGAAUUUCGUACACUGAUUACCUUCGAGUUUUGAGCUUAACAUUGCUUUUAAAAAGGGGUGUGGCUUACUUUCUUUGUUAUAAUGAAGAGCAGUACAGUACAAUUUUUAUAAGUCAGUGAAUAUUAUAUGAACUGGAAACAUUAGCUAUGUAAAUGUAUAGCUAUUUAUUGGCAUAGCCUUUAUGCUACACACAAAUAUGGGUUUAUUAAUAUAAAGAGUAUAAAAUAUUAUGAUGCAAUACCCUUUAUAUUUCAUGUUUGCCGAAUUUGUAAUAUGUAGUGUUGCAUAUCGAGUGAAUACUUUAAAUAUCACAAUGCAGAAUUUUAAUUACAUGUAUGGAAAGGGGAUGCCUCUGAAUAUGUUGAAUUGUUAAAAAAUUUGGAAGAAGAAAUCUACUGUCAUUAUUUUUUGUUAGCUAUUGUAAAUGAACAUAAUUAUGUCUCCCACCUCACAGUGGUGUGGGAGACAUAUUGAUUUACUCCUGUCUGUGUGUCUGUCACAAAUCUUGUCUGCACUCUAAGUCAAACAUUUCUCAUCCGAUCUUCACCAAACUUGAACAAAAUGUGUUUGCCAAUAAGUCCUCGGCCAAGUUCGUUAACUAGCCAAAUUGGCCCAGUCACUUCGGAAUUAUGGCCCUUGAAACUUGCUUUUAAUAAUCAAAGCACUGAAAGUCUGAUAAGGCAGUUGAGGUCUUGGUGCAUGGCUGACUGAUAUACUACUAUUCAGAUGAUUAGGCAGUUGUGGGAGACAUGCGCUUUUCUCAAAGCAGCUCUAGUUUUAGAAUAAAAAGGUCUGGUGAGAUCUAGUGUUUAUCUACAUAACUCGUUUGUCUAUGGAAGUAUGUAGAAAAUUCUCACAAGUGUUAGUGCACAGAACUAUUGUGGCGUAAAAUAGAAGGAAUUUCAUUGUUUUUUUAAUACCAUACUCGUAUACUAUCAAACUAAACAAUACGGGUUUAUGAUUUUUGACUUACUGUUAAAUCAUUUGUAUUCCUAAGGGACUAAAUUUUCAUUGAUUAGGCGGUUGUGUCAAUCAGUGAUAUUAAAUUUCAACAAACAAAUGAAUUUGCAGUCUACAAAUUUAAAUCUCCAUGAAAUAGUCAUUUUGAACAAAACUCUGGAAUUUCAUGACCACAAAAUUAUAUGAUUUUACAGUAUUAUAUUUACGUUGCUUUUCGAAAUUGUGAUUUUUAUCUAGAGGCAUGCGCUUUUAAAUAUCAAGAAGAAAUGUAAUGUUUUUGGUGUUUAUUAUUAUCCUACUUGUAUGUUAUGUGUUCAUAUAGUCACUUUACUUGUUAAAGGGGACAUUUAGACACAUGUCUGUAUUAUUUCAUUUUACAUUCCACCUAUGCAAAUUCACUGUAUCUAAACUAUAAUUUUGUAAAUUUAAUCAACCCUUUGUACAGGUUACUGGGUUUGUGAUGUUGGUCUCUUGUCUGCACACAGUAAAGUGUGUUGUUGUUUUUCUUGCAUUGUUGAACGUUUUUAUUGUCUAUUAAUUGCCCGUUUCUGAUGGUAACUUGUCCGCAGUUGGAAUGGAAAAUUUGAAUACAUGUUUCUUAAUUUGAUCUUCAUUUAAUUUUUCUCUUAAUUUUUUAAUUUUGGUUUUAUGGCACACCCAACACAGUAUAGGUUAUAUGGCGCCAAACAGGACUGAAAAUUUUGGUUUCACAUCGCAUUUACAUCAGAAUGAAUGUAUGAGGUAUAAAAUCAAAACUUGUAUACCUGUUGGAAUCACAGAGGUACAGCAAAACCAAGUGUUUAGCCUUUAUCAUGCUGGACACGAUUAAUUCUGCCUUUGUGACCAGUGUAGAUCUUCAUCAGCCUGCACAUCUGUGCAGUCUGAUCAAGAUCUGCACUGUUUGCCAUUCAGUCAGUAUAUUUUUGGUAAGCACAGAGACUGAUAGAAAUAGUUAAAACUGAGAAAUAACAGAAGUGAAAAUAGGCAUGAAAUAUUUGUAAAAACUUGUUUAGCAAGUUAAUUUGUUCUUCACUUCAUAUGCAUCUAAGGUUUUUACUCCCCCUGAACCUUAACAUUACAGGGUCAGUUUUCCAAGAAAUAUGUAAGAAAAUUAAAGCUUAAUUGCCAUGUUUAAAUCCAGUUUUAACAAAUCUGUACUAAAAAUUAUGAACAUAUCACUUUAAACAUCAAUUUUCCAUUCGUUUUCUGUACAAAAGUGUACUGGUUUUACUUUUAGCAUGAUACAAUUUCCGUCCUGAUUUUAAAAUUUGUGUGUAUGUUAUGGUUGACUUUUACAUGAAAAUACCUCAUAAUUCAGUGAGAAAGCACCUUACUGAAUAUUAAAGGUAGUCCUAUACAUUUGAUUAAACUAGAAUUAAUGGUGUAAUGUUAUUUCUUAGGAAAGUGCAAAAUAAAGCCUUGACUUGGUGUAAGGAAACGAUAAUCAUUUUAUGAUUAAUGGCACUUUAUGUGUCAAUUUAUUAAAAUGACAAUAAAAUUUGAUUUUUAAUUAUUUUAAAAUGAGUUUUUAAAAAUUCCUUAAAUGUGCAGAACUACGUAAAACAAAACAUACUCUUAAUUUUGGCCAGGCAGUAAGCCUGUAUAAAGUUAUAUGGACUGACGCAGAGCUGAGUUUAGAUUAAAUAUUCGAUGGUCUCCAUUAUCGGUGAAGAUACAUUUCGAAAUAACACUGCAAACAAACAGAUAUCCUCUGUUUGUCAUCCACUGAAAGGUAACACCACUCUGCUGCUCUUUCAGAUACUUACUUGUAGUGUGUAUGUCAACCGAUAUUUUUUACGCACAAAAAUGCAUAGAAAUUCCACCUUGUAUAAUUAUCUACCUAUAAUAUAUUUUUUCAACUUAAAAUGUUUGAUAAAUUUUAGAAAAUGUUGAAACAGGAUUUUGCUCUACAGCCUGUAGAAAAGGCUACUACAUUUUGUAUUUUGUUGUCCAUAGUAUUUGGUUGUGAUAAACUUUAUUUGGUUGAUCAGUCUCCAUGUAAGAAACUUCGUUGUUGCACUGAUAAGAGGUUUUAUUGCAACAAUUUUUUUUUUUUUUAAAAAUGUGAUAAUAUAUCUAUAUGUGUUUCAUAUUUUUUUCUUUUAUUACUUGUGAUAUUUUAUGUGAAAUAAAUAUGAGAAAAGUAAAAAAACAAUCUUUU